AUGGCUGUGGAGCAGGUAGACAUCAAGCGGCUCCCGGAUGGCACGUCCCGGGGUUUCGCUUUCGUCAAGUUCUCCGACCACGAUGCAGUGGAGAAAGUCAUCGAUGCCCAUGCGAAGCACAUGAUUGACAACAAGUGGGUGGAGGUCAAGCGCCACGACGGCAUCGCCGCAUCAGCGGGGCUUACCAGCUCCAUGCAGAAGGCCACAGAAGAGCCUGAGGAAGAAGCGGAGCCCCCGGGAGAGGAGUUUGCUGAGAAAUGGUCUGAGCAGUAUCUCGCGAUGGCUUCGAAGCUCGCCGAGAAUGAGAAGGACGGUGGAGGUGAGAAAGAAGCUGGCAAAGAAGGCGGCAGUUCCAAGAAGAGCCCCUUCGAGAAGCUCAUGAAGCAAAUGGGCAUGGAUGCGGCCGUCAUGAAGCAGAUGGGCAUGGACCCGAAGCAGAUGGAGGGCAUGUUCAAGCAAAUGGGCAUUGACCCCUCCAUGAUGACGCAGAUGAUGGGUAGUAUGAACCCUAUGAUGAUGAUGGGCGGCAUGAUGAACCCUAUGAUGAUGGGUGGCAUGGGCGGCUGCCCUAUGGGCGGUGGCUGCCCAGGCGGUGGGAACAGCGGCUGCAGUGGUAGUGGGAACUCUGGCGGCGGUUGUGGUGGGAGUUGUGGUGGCUGUGGACCUGGACCUGGACCGGCUGGCUGCGGCGGCUGCGGACCAGGCGGUGGUAACUGCGGGCCGCCAGGUGGCUGCUGCAUGGGAG